AUGAGCCUUGAGACUAAACAGCGGGCGAUGAGUGCAACUUUUGCUGCUGCCGAUCCUGUUGCAGUUGCUGCUGCUGCUGCUGCUGCUGCUGCUGCUGCAGCCACUGAAGAUCCAACAUCUGGCGCUAAAGUGUAUGGUCACGCAGUUCCUUCUUCCUCAACUGCUGCUGCUGCUGCUGCUGCUGCUACUGCUGCUGCUGCAUCACUUCAGCACCAAGCAGCAGCUCCUAUAGACUUCCCUGGCAGGGGUGAGUGCACAAUGUCUGCUGCAGCAGCGCAGCGCGCAGCAGCAGCAGCAACGCAGCAAAGAGCAGCAGGAGCAGCGUCAUAUGGCACAAAUACAACGCAAGCAGCAGCAGCAACGGAGGAAGCAGCAGCAGCACCAGAAGCAGUAGCAGCAAAGGCAGCGGCAGCGCCAGAAGCAGCAGCAGCACCAGAAGCAGCAGCAGCACCAGGAGCAGCAGCAGCAUCAGAAGCAGCAGCAGCACCAGAAGCAGCAGCAGCACCACCUGCUGCAGCAGAGCAUUUGUCUGCUGUCGCUGGCCAGCAGCAAGCAUCAUCACCAUCAGCUGUGCCGCAACAGCAGGAUCCUCCCAGCAGCAGCAGCACCAACGGCGGCAGCAGCAGCAGCAGCAGCAGCAGCAGCAGCAACGGCACCAGCCUGACUAACGAAGAUAUUGAAGCGGUGCUUGCUGUUGUGGAUUUGGCUUUGGAGCUGCAGCAGCCUCCCCUGCUGCAGCAGAAUCCUGCUGCUGAUGCUGCUGCUGCUGCUUCAGCGCAGCAGGUAGCUAUGCAAGCAGAGGCUCUUGCUGCUGCAGCAGGAGCAGCAGCAGCAGCAGAUCUCCUCGCCCAGAGCCAUCGGCACCAGGCCCCAGGGCAUGCACCAGGAAGCAGCAGCCACCCCACCAUCACUGCAGCAGAAGCAGCAGCAUCAACUGCUUCUGCUGCUCUUGCUGCAGCAGAGGCUUUCCCCUAUGCGAACACUGCAAGCGCCGUCCUUGUGGAGACGCAUGCACGUCAGCAGCAGCAGCAGCAGCAGCAACAGCAACAGCAGCAGCAGCAGCAGCAAGAGUAUCGAGAUGCAGUUAUGCAGAAGCAGCUGCACUGUCUCCGCUUGCUGCUGCUGACGGGCUGUCUAAACCCCCAGUGGAAGAACUACGCAAACCCUCAUGUCUUCCAGUUUCACUUCGCGUUGCUGCUGUCUGCACCGAUUGAGCCUCUCUUUGACGUUUACCUUCGCAACAUUUUCUCCCCAAUCCUCGACGCCUCGCGGCCCCCCCAAGCAGAAACUGCUGAUGCUGCUGCUGUUGCUGCUGCUGGUGAUGCUGCUGGUGCUGCUGCUGCUGCUGCGCCCUUGUUGCUGCUGCAGCAGCAACAGAUGCAACAGGAACGACAGCAGGAACAGCAGCAGCAGGAACAGCAGCAGCUGCAGCAGCAGCAGCAGCAGCAGCAACUGCCUCACAACCCUGCGAUGGAACAAGGGGACCAAGGGAUCGCUGUUUCUCCCUUCAGCAGCAGCAGCAGCAGCAGCAGAAGAAGCAGCAGCAGCAGCUGCACAGAGGAGAGCAGCGGCCUGUCGGCAGAAGUCGGGGGCCUUGAAGAAGAGAUAUUAAUGCUGGUGCUGAGGGACAACCGCCGCAGCAGCAGCCUGACAGCUGCUGCUGCUGCAGUGAGCACCGCCCUAGACUGGGUAUACGACGCAUGCAAGGCCUUGGAGGACCGGGGGAGGCCCCCAGGAGCAGCAGAGGGGAGCCACAGUGCAGCAGUUGUGCCAGCAGCAACACUCGGCAGCAGCAGCAGCAGCAGCAGCGGGAACUGCGGAAGCUGCGGCGCUCCCGCAGGCUUUUCCCUGUUCGCCACACCUCUUGCUGCUGCUGCUGCUGCUGCUGGUAUUACUAAUGCUGUUUAUGGUGCUGCUCCUGCUGCUGCAGCUCCCGCUGUUGCUGCUGCUGCUGCUGCUGCUGCUGAGUACGAGAGGGCCUCUGCUGCUGCUGGCCUUUUGGGGGGGGUGGCAACGGGGGGGUGGGGAGGAAUAACAGGUAUGCAGCUGCAGCAGCCGAAUAUGCUGCCGGAGCAGCAACCCGUGCUGCAGCUGCAGCAGGCGAUACAUCUGAAGCAGCAGAUGGAGCUGCAGCAGGAGCUGCAGCUGCAGCAGGAGAUGCAGCUGCAGCAGGAGAUACAGCUGCAGCAGGAGAUGGAGCUGCAGCAGCAGCAAAUGAAUAGGCUGCAGCAGCUCUCAUGCCCCCUGCAUCAGCUGCAGCAGAUGGACAGCAAGGAGCUGCUGCUGGAGGACCCCCAGCAGCAGCAACAGCAGCAGCAGCAGCAGCAGCAGCAGCAGUAG